AUGCUUCUCAUUCCACUCUUACUGUUCAUAAUAACUGCAAAUUCAGAAGAUUUGGAUGAUUGUCCGACACCGGGUGGGUACAGAGGGAUUCAAGAGUUAAUUAUUUUAAUUAGUUUCAAAGUCUUGGACCCGAAACUUCUGAUAAGACGGGUUUUUGAUAAGCUAUAGUUGGAUCAUGUGUAAGAAAUACCGAGACAUUAAGACGUAAUUAAACAUAAGUUGUUUUUUUCAGCCUCAAAUCUGAGGGACAAAUGCAUUUAUUACAAUGCGGACUCGGUGUUUGCCAAAAAUAAAUGUUUUAUCAUCGACCAGCUGUACAGUACAAAUCCAAAUGUUUCUCGGUGUAACCAUUUGCAUGGAUUUAAUGGCAAGAUGGCGAACAAUGAUGCAGAAGUUUUGAAGUACCUUGAACUCCGAAAUUACAUUAAAGUACGUUUUAAUAUCUUUUCCAGCGUUUUAUUUACAUAUUUAGUCUGGAGAAACGCUGAUAACUAGGGAAACGAAAGGAGAGUCCUACACUACCGAGGCAAGGGUUCUAUGCGAGUACAGUAAGAACAUUAAAAGGGUAAAUGAAUUAUAUUGUAGGCGAUAUAUUCUCAUGUGAAGAUGGCUACAGACUGCAUGGAAUCCAUUGUUACAAAGUUAUUAGAAAGGAAACAUAUUGGGCAGAAGCACUAAGGACAUGUCAACAACAAGGCACCACUCUAGCAGUGCCUCACAAUGACAAAGACAGUCAGUUCAUUGCAUGUGAGUUGUCAAUGAUAAAAACCAAUUCUCACAUUAAGCCGUGGUAUCCAAAGAAAAUAUCUUAAAUGACAAUGACAACUCUUUCUUCUGGGUUGGCAUGUUCGUCAAGGAGCACAAGCAUCUCAAGUUCGUAGAUCAAACGACCCCUAAUUAUUUCCGCUGGCUUCCAAUUGGGCACAGUAAGACCUGUUUACAAUACCGGACUUUGUAGAGAGGCUCUUGACAAAAGCCUAUAACACUCCAAAUACUGUUAUCGCAGUUGGCUCAAGUGCAUCGAAUAAGGGGAACGUCGGCCAAUUUGGCUAUUACCAAGUAAUAAAUGGCAAUUUUCAUCGGUAUGUCAUCUUUUUUCCAUAUGAUCUUUUAAGAUUACCAUUCCUUUGUCAGAAGCUCGCCAAUGGAGAGUACGGACCAAUUUACUAUCCAAAAAGGGACUAA